GAAAUCCUGCGUUAAGGCAUGGUAAACCAGGAACUGGUGUUGGACUUGGAUAUGGCCUUCGGUUCAAGUCCCAGCUGGGUUACUUUCAAGUGGACUAUGCUAUCAAUGCAUAUCAACAAAAAACUCUCUACUUUGGCUUGGGUAAUGUUCCUUCGUGA